AUGCAAGUUCCCCUCAUCCGCCUGCAAUGCGGGGCCAACUCGUACGAAUGGGGGAAGAAGGGCAAUUCGUCUGCAGUCGCGCGGUUCGCUGCCGCGACCCCCUCGGCCGACUUCUCGAUCCAAGAUGACAAGCCAUAUGCGGAGUUGUGGAUGGGCACCCACCCCUCCAACCCCUCCAAAGAUGUGACCACCGGCCGCACCCUCCUCGACCUCGUCCAGGACAACACAGCGCUCCUCGCCCCAUCCGUCGCCGCCCGAUAUGAUAACAAGGUUCCUUUCCUUUUUAAGGUGCUCUCUGUCAACAAAGCCCUGUCAAUUCAGGCCCAUCCCAACAAGAAAUUGGCGGAGCAGCUUCACGCGAAAGACCCCAAGAACUACCCCGAUGACAACCACAAGCCCGAGAUGGCCAUUGCCAUCACCCCUUUCGAAGGGUUUUGCGGCUUCCGCCCAUUAGGCGAGAUAACACAUUUUCUGGAUUCAGUCCCCGCGCUUCGCCAGCUCGUCGGUGAGGACACAGCCAAGGAAUUUGCUGAGGUUGUCAAGAGCACGAAGGACGAUGAAUCCAAGGAGGCCGUGGAACGGAACAAGAAAGCGUUACAGAAAGUCUUUGGCGCCCUCAUGUCGUCUUCGGAAGCCGACAUGGCUGCUGCUGCGAAGAUCCUUGUCGAGUCUGCGGCAGGUGCCGGGGCUAACUUCGCAGGGGGUGGUGUCGCUGCCACUUCCGGGUCAACUCUUGCCGAGUUGGUGAACCGCCUCCACGGCCAGUUCGGCGCCGACUAUGGUCUUUUCGUUUUCUUCUUCCUCAACUUCGUGACAUUGCAACCAGGAGAAGCCCUGUUCCUCCAGGCCGACGACAUCCACGCCUAUGUCAGUGGCGACAUCAUUGAAUGCAUGGCGAGCAGCGACAAUGUGGUCCGGGCGGGCUUCACUCCCAAGUUCAAGGAUGUCGACACACUCGUAAACAUGCUGACAUACAGCUACGCACCCAUCGACGAGCAGAAGAUGGAGCCCCGCGACUACCCGUAUGCCACGCUCAACCGGGCCGCCUACAGUUCCGGGUCCGCUGUCACCCUCUACGACCCCCCAAUCGAGGAGUUUAGUGUGGUGCGCUCGACCCUCAAGGGUAACGGUUCAAAAGCCACAUUUGAUCCCUUGGAUGGCCCCAGCAUCAUCAUUUGCACCGCCGGCAAGGGCAAGAUCUCGGUUGGGCCGAGUGUGCAAGAGGUCAAGGAAGGCUAUGUCUUCUUCGUUGGCGCCACCGCCGAGUGUGUGCUCGUAUCGGAGUCUUCGAGCGAUGACGAUGAGUUCAUCACCUUCAAGGCCUUUUGUGAGGUUGAGGGGCAUCGUGGAGCUUCGCUAUAG